GAGCCGCCGCUGGGCUGUUCAGAGCGAGCGUGGACGUUUACCGCGUCGCAUCUUUUGGGUUUUUCGGUUGAUUCCUUUGUGAAUGUUCUUAGUCUCGCAACGCGUUCACAAGCUACACGAUUCUUCACUCGGCUAUUUCCUUCCGCGAGUGUUUCGUCAGAUUGAUUUGCGUCCAAGUUUCAGUUUGGAUUUGUCUUGCUUAAAUCUCGAUUACGAAUAUAUACUUAGAGAACAUAUACGAAUGGAAUCGUGAGAACUUCCGGGACACACUGCAACCCGAUUCGAACGCAAUAGUGAUCGACAGUGAGCACCAAUGACAUGUGCAGUGACAUUGAUAUCGAACUUUAAACGAUCAAUCAAAAUUUUCGCCUUGUUUGCCCACCAAAUUAGACAUGAUACAUCGUACCGUGUAUCAAACAUAUAGAGAUCUAUGUUUCGUUCACACAUCAUCGGCGAUGUUCACGUAAAAGUGAUGCAAAUUCGAGCCAUGCUAGUAAUCAUUUUUGAUUUUCCAUAUAUUUUUCUUUAAUCCCAUUGCUGUCCGUUUGUUUUCUACGAGUAGAUUAAUAGUAUCGACAAGAAUGUAAAAAUUAGUUAGAAAGGACAUCCGUGAGUGUAAGUAGUUUGCAGUGUCUCGUGAAUUUGACUGUCUAAAGACAUCUACCUUUGCUCGAAGUUGGCAACAUCGAACCCAGGAUCGGAGCAGAAAGGCAAACGUUUGAACGAAGAACGCGUAGACGGCGAAACUUAUAGCCGGCCGAGUAGUAGAUGUGUAUGUUGGAGGAGAAAGAGAACGAAAAGCCGGUCUUCGAUGGAACACCUGUUCUACAGAUUUGAAUAGCGUUUGAAGCGCAACUCUACGAUUAAUUCAACGACCGACGGCACGACGGCAACGACAACGGUGACGGCGACACCGACGACGGCGGUUAUUCUCCUCCGUUCGGCGGCGCUGUCACCUCUAAAGAUGUCAGAGCUCCGAAUCGAUUGUUCCGAACUAACUCAUUCGAAACAUUAAGACGCCUACACCAGAAACAGCAGAAUACUCGGACAAGAUGUCAAUGACGGGAAGCUUAAUGGGUUACGAGAACAAUAACGAGAUAAAUCAAGCAAAGUGUAAGAAGCCGUUAAAACCGCUUCCGAUAGUGUCUAGCAUAAAUUCCAGUGGUAUUACAACAGCCAACAAAACGAAAAAACCCCGAAGAUCGGCCAGACGCAGCUCUUGUAUACGAGGUCACGUGAAUAGUUUGUGGUCCGUCUGGUACGGUGUUUUGGCGGUCGCUUUUCAAGCUUACAUCGGGUUAAGAUACGCGAAAAGGUUCGCCGCGUAUUUAUCGUUACCUUGGCCUGCGGACGCUCCACCGCCAAAGGUGGAGUUGUACGCGUGCUUGGUGCUGGCCGGUGCUGGAGUCGUUUUGCUGCCCGUUCUUCUCGGCGCGGCAUUUUUAAAGCUCGGCAACCUGGCGAACGAUGGGGUGAAACUUGGCCGCCAUUUGAGCGCGUGUUCGCGCGAUCCGCCUUCGUCCCUGCUCACCAACAAUCCCGACCACAGUUUGGCAAACAAUUUAUGGCGGCACGGGGGUCCCACGGCCGCUUUCGUGCACCUUUGUACAGCCAUGUGCUUCCUCCUACCCUCGCUUCUCAUGGAGGCUAGGCUGAUACACGCUGGAUUUUUGCCAAAAGAAACGAUAUGGCGUACGGAUCUGGAUUGGCUGGUGACUCAUCGCGAUCGGCUGGUCGUGUCGAGCUUCAUGAAUCCGACCGUAAAUCUUAGCAUCUUAACCGGUUUCAUAACGCCCCAACCUUUCGUCACUUUAAUACCCGACGACGAAUCGACCGAUAACACAGGGAACGAUAUUACCACCGUGAAAUCAGAAUUGAUCGAUCUUAUCAAUAAAUCGAUCGCGGUCGAAUCUCGACACCAGGAGACUACAAGGUAUAACGGGUUAUUUCGAGCGGCGAGUAACGGUUUAGCAACAUCUGAUACUCGAGUUCCGAGUACCACUUCCGCCCUACCUGCCAAAGGAGCUACAAGUACUACUCCCUCGACUCGAGAAAUCAUUAUCGAUGCACCGAAAACACCGUCCACGAUUUUGAACUCGACGAUGCCCGCCAAUGGCAGUGCAUCGUCGAUUACAACGACGACAAUGAGAACGACGAGUAUAGACGCGGCAACAAUGACAACGAUGACGGCAACGUUGUUGACAACUAGGAGCGACGCGCGGGCAUCGACGAGAACGGCGGAGAUGGGAAAGAUAGCUACUGCUACUGGAACCGCGACCACCGCCGUGGCAGCGUCGACGCUCGCGUCCACUUUUCCCUCGACGACCAGCUCGAUGAAGUAUGGGAAUACUGUUAAGCGACCAAUCACCACCAAAACGAUCGUUAAAAAUAAUAGUUUAAAGAGCAAGUCGAAAACGAAGAACGUAGGAAGAAAUUCGACGACGAUCAGACCGAAGACUAUCUCUGUUGGAAAUAUGACCGCGCAGAGCAUGUCGUUAACGAUGAACAGCUUGGCUGAUUUGGAUCAUCCGGAAAAGUUGAAUCUUGAAUUACAAUCAGCUGAAUCGUACGGACCUAUCACUCUCGAGUAUUUGAAUUACGCAGUCGCUCUUGGCGUAUAUUCCGUGAGGUAUCCGGCGGUUUUUUGGUCGUGCAAUAAACCAUUGGCCACAAUUUUUAGCUUCCAGUUAAUCGUCAAUUCCGCCCAGAGCUUAUUGGCCUACGUUGGAAUGUCCGUUCUUUACAAGGUCCAAGUAAUGGGGCCUUUGAAGGUGCUACCAGUUCUUCGUCAACAGUAUCGUACGAUAUCAACCACAAGCAGCAUAUCGACCAUUUUCGGGGACUCGUACUUUUUGCUGAAUCCACAUGUUACGCUCGUUCUGUUCGCUCUCUCCUCCCUUUUGGUGCUUUGCUCAAGCAUGGUGAUGUAUUUCUACGCUUACGGCAGAUUCACAGCGUUUCUAAAUCACGAACGUGAGCGUCGAAUCAUCUUGUCAAAGGAGAACCGAAACGGGAACGGUUGGAUAUACUUUAUCCAUUGUACCGCUUUAUGCGUAUUCCUUGCAAUCGCGAUAUGCAGCGCGCCGUUGCUCUACGACUACAGUGUCGUGUACCGUGGCAGCCUGGACGGUGCAAUUUUAGCAUGUCUUGUCGCCACCGUCCUGCAUCUCUUCCUGUGGCUGGUUUUAUGGAUAUUCCUCACGAUAAAGCAACGCUGGACGUUCAAAUUGCGAGUGACUAUCGGCCGUGCAACCGUUAGAUCCGCAAGAUCGGUGAAGCUCGUGACCGACGUCGAUCUGUUAUCGGCCAGGGACGAUGAGGACGGAACCAAUGCGCCGUUGCUGGUUGUCGGUAACGGCAGGACGUACACUAUUGCCGACGCUUCACCGAAAAAGGCUAUCAUGAGCGUGAUACAAAAGGCAGCUAUCGAGAGGAAAGCGCGAGCUCAAGGAAACACUGAUUCGGUUAACGGCGAUUCAGUGGCCGACGAUGAACAAAUCUAUUGGUUGAGACCGAAAUUGCGCCCGUCGCCGACUAGAUCGCCGAACGAGAACGGUGCACCAGCCACGGAGAAAGGAUGGCUGAACAAGAAAUUGAAACCCAAGGUCACCUUUAACGACCUGCCUAGUACGUCAGGCUCGCGUAAUAAAGGAAAAAUCAGACGAGGCAAUGGUGACGGAGGCCCUGAAGAUGACGGAGAUUACGCCACGUUACGGGAAUUACCGUUAAUUACGUCGUUGGAUCCGGCCGAUGAUUCAACAUCCGAAGAGAACAAGUGGGAAAGAUGGCUGAUAUCUCGUAGGGACGGUAUACCUAAAUUUGGAAACCUGCUCGAGUGCGUGAACGAUGACCAAGUGACGUACUACGCGAGUGCAAACCGCGAUCUGCAACCUUCGGAAGGCGACCCUUCGCCUCUCUUGACUCCAGACCCUUUGCCCGAUUCCUCCUCGGAGCCACUUCCACUGCCACCUCCGACUCCGUCUCCAACUCCGACUCCGACUUGUGCACCGACUACCGAAGUUGUCACGGCGUUACUAACCACUAACACCCAGACGAACGGAGGACACACGCCACGAUGCUUGCGCCGAGCAGAUUCAGGAAUGCCGCACGAGGAAUUGACGCCUCGCUCGGAUUCCUCCAAUUCUCCACCGUUGGACGCCGUGGUGGGGGGUAAUAGCGGAGCCGGCUCGGUGGCGGGGCACAGUAACGCGAGCAGCCACAGCGAAACGUCCUCUAGCGGCGUGCACAGUAACGCAAGCAAUGGGAGCAACAGCAGCUGUCAACGGCGAGCGACCAGCGUGGACGACGUGACAAGUGGCAACUGCGCCACGAACGUUGCCGAGCAACGAGAUAACGAGGAGCCGCGCGACCAGUGGCGCAGUUGUUCCCUGCAACGCGGGAUUCAGCCACCGACCGCUGCCAUCGCGUUUUCACCGCCGAAUAGUCGUCCCGGCACCAGCCAUUCCUUUUCCUCGCCUCAGUACGCGAACCACGUGCCGCUGUUCGCCAAUGCGAGUUCAAACGCGAACGCUAAUCCCAGCGUGAACAACACGGUGACGAGCGUGAGUGGGAGCACGAACGUUAACGUGAACAACGAUAUCGCCGCCACGGUUGGCCAAGGAUGCCCGGCCGUUAUCCUCGAGAAUCCGAACGAGGCGACCGUGGUGAUACGGCGGAAGCUGUCCAGGACGAAGUUGACGGAGCCCUUGAACCCGAACGAGGAGCCGUUCGGCCGGUCCACCAACAUGAGGAUGACGUCAUUCACGGAGAGCAACGACGUUCGCGUUCACGCCUCGUCCGCGACGUUGCCGCAUUACCCGACCCAACCUGUGGUGACGUACCCGCAUUGCUCCACCAUGCCUCUGCCCCACGCCUCUCACAGUAUGGCCGGAUCACACAUGGGCGGCUCGAGCGGGAGCUGUGGAUCCGUGCCGAGGCACGCUUUCGUUCCACCGCAGGUACACUCGACGGUGCCCGCGCACACUACUUUACCGUCCCAUCACAACGGCGUCAGACUUCUCCCCGGCAUAGCGCCCGCCCCCAACAAUCCUUUCGUCAAGAGGUUCCCGCCUGUACAACUGCACACGCAGCCCUGGGCGCUGCCCGGCCACCACACCUUCCCCCAAGCGUCCCAAGUUAACGGCAAGCUGACCACCACCGCCCAGAUCAGGCAGAGCGAUCGCGACUCGGCAAACUUUUCCAUGGCCAGUAGCGGUGAUUCCGACACGUGUUUGCCUCACUAGAGACCUCGUUCGAUCGUCCACCCUCUUCGCUCUCGCUCCGCGCCGAGCAAACGUUACACUGUUUCCUGAUCACGGAUUUCCUGGAUCGUCGUUCGUGCCCACGACUGCUUCUCGAGAUCUUUUUGAAAGAAGAAAAGGUUUUCUCGGGGAUCGUUGUUCGCGCAUGCGCGUCUCAUUAUCGCACCAUCGUAUUAAGGAGUUACAUAUCACACUUUCGAUUCGAUCCAUGAGAACACGUCCGACACGUACGGUCAUUUUAUUUUCGAUACACAAAAAAAACCACCACCGUCUGUCGCGACAAACAUUUUGUCUCGUUCUUCCAUAUUAAAUGUUUCUUCGUAUACCACUUGUAAAUCACAUCUCGCGUAUUGUCUACCCGCUUCUCGAGCCCCGAUACAGUUGAUUCGUUCGAAUUGAUGAAUAUCCCGAUCGCAAUGAACAUAUCCUGCGAGACACUGAAUCGUUGCUUGCGUUACUCGUCAAUUGCUAUUAUAAUACGUGCAAGAUAAAAAUUUUCUUCUUUUCAAAGACUUUUUCCCCUAGAUUUUAAUUUUAUCUUUCGUUACUUUUUGUAAGGAACGUCUUUGAAUAUUUAUUAAUACGAGUAAAAAGAAAAGAUUUGUGAAGAUAAUUAGCAAUAACGCAUGUGUUGAAAAUUGAAAAAGAGAGGUAAAAAUAAUUUGAUCGUAAAAAAUUUAUUCAAUUAUUGUAUGCAUUAGAGAAAUUUUAUUUAUUUAACACAUUCACGUGGAAAGUAUUCGAAAAUGUAAGUCUCAUCGCGCACAAUGAGAUAACCAUAUAUAUAUAUAUAUAGACUAAUACGACCAGUCAAUGGAUGAUUAUAUUAAAAAGAAAAAAAAAAAAAAAAAGUUAAGAAACUUACUGCCAUAUUGAUAACUAUAAUCGCAAAGAUCUUUAGAUCUUCGUCACAAUAUGAAUUUAUUUAUCGACUGCCAUGUUAUUUCGUCCUGUUUCGCGAACAAAAAGCGCUCGAGAAGUGUUCGUUCUUUUCGUUCGCUCGUAAUCGCUUAACGCGUAGUGAAAUAUUAAAGUAUUUAAUAUCGCUUGCGCUAUUACGAUAAUUUUAUUUUUCGCGAUCAUCGUAAUUUUAAUCGAGGAAACGCGAAGAAAUGCACUCCUAUCUUGAAUAAUCGUGUCUUGUAUCAGCGUUGUAUACAAUCAAAGAUCGUAUUUCCAUCCAUAUAUACAUAUAUAUAUUAAAUUUGAUACGCACGUCGAUUAAAACGCAUUUCGAAUUGUAUGAUUUCGCUAAUUGACUGUUUAUUAAUAUACAACGAUGAUACGAUACGAGAUGCAACAAAUAAAUACCGUGUUUAAUAAAUAUAGGUCGAAAUGUUUCCCAAUUUCAUAAUCGAGUGGACAGAAAUAAAGAGGAAUAAUAAAAAAAAAAAUAAUAAAAAAAUGCAUAAUGGAUAGAUUAAAUAAUUAUAAUCCGGAUAGUUUGCCGAGUUCAUCGAAUUUAGAACAAUAAAAACGAUGACGAUUUUAGGAUACUUACGAUGGAUUAAGUUAAAAAGAAAUCUUUAGAAAGCUAUUAUUAAUAUCCAAGAACUUUGCGCGCGAGAUAUCUUACCAUAUCUUAAAUGUUUAACUAACCAAAACCUCGAGUACGGGUUGUUGUAGACUUUCGAUGAAAAUGACAUCUCUUUGGAACAGGAUAAAAAAAAAACACGGUCAAGAUAAUAAUAACUUAUAUAACGUACGCGUAUAUUAUCCAAUGCUUAUACAUAUACACCUAAUGCAAUAUUUGAACAUAACCUCAAAUUUAUGAAACGUAAUGAAUCAUACGUUGUAAGUGUACGUGCUAUUUAGAAAUUCUUGUUGACGCAUUCGACGAAACAAACGGUAUUUUUUGAUUCAUCGAUCGAAUUUAUCAAUCUUUACAAGCUAUGACUAAUAAAUACACGAAUAAUAUAACACGGAUAGUAUAAUGGCAGAAAAGAAGUGUGGUAAGGGCGUGCCUUGCUCAUCGAAAAAGCGUACACGUUUGUUCAUAAAUUACGAAUCAUAUACUUGUUUUUUUUUUAUAAUAUUUAUUAAAGUUUAAUAAUAUUUAAUUACCUUUUGACUCGUGUACAAACUUACAACACUCGUGUUGUUGAAUAAACCUUUAUUAUUAUUAGAUACACAUAUAGAUUUUUAUGUUUGUUUUAUAAAUUAAAUAUUUUACAUUGAAUAUUCUUUAUGGAUACAGGAUAUGAAGUAUGAAAGAAAAUGAUUUGUUCUUCAAUCGUGAACAAUCGAAAGAUAAUUAAAAGAUAAAUACACGAUAAAAUCUUUAAAUAAGAAAUAAUGAUUAUAAAACAAUAUUUAUAAAUCGUUAUCUACUCUGUAAUUAAGUAAUUGAGUUGUUCAUUUUUAAACUUUUAACUAUCAAUGUUCCGUGAUUUAUGGACAAGAGUGUAUAUAACGUAUACUGCGCAUGCUUUUUUCUUUCUUCCUCGACUUAUUUGUUAGGAAAUCUUUCUUUCAACGUAGAUAUCGAAAUGUAAUGAAACUAUUUACGUACGUAGCAAGAACUUUCUGCUCAAGUGAAUGCACUCUAGAAGAAAGAUUGUUAUUUUGAGAUAUCUUCCAAUUUUCGACGAUUUCAGACAAGAAACAAGGUUAGAAAUAUGCGUAGAAUCGGUAUGUACAAUGCCUGCAUCUCCAUCCGAUACCGCCAGAGAGCGGUGUAUCGCGUGUUUCUCGCGAAAAGGUGAAAUCAAGAAGCCACGAACAAACGUCGAAAAGAAUCGAUAUGUACAGAUCUCUUUUUCUGUGUGUUCAUCGAGUUGUAUUUAACACUCGUGUUCGUUCUAUCUUUUGUGCACAUAUCCUGAAUCUAGAAUGGCCCCGGAACAAAUUAAGAGUGAUGCAUCAAAUUUAUAGGUAACCUAACCUAAAAAAAUUUGUAGUGUUCGCGAGAAAAUUGAAAAUAUUACUGUCGUCUAGUAUAUCAUAUCUGUGGUGGUGUUGACAUUUUAAUCCUUCGAGUCUUGACUAAUAAUUAUUUUUAUUUUAUCGUGUUUCUUUUAUUAUCACAUUGUGUAAUUUGAUGAGAUUCUCUUAUCUAUUUGUAAACGUGUAUUAAUAUAAAAUAUUAAUUACAUUCAAAAAAAUAGUUUAUAUAACAAUAUACGACCAUAUACAUAUGGAACGAUGUAUAAAAAAUUAUUACAGUUUUAUUGAAAUGUUUUAUUUUACUUAUUAUAUUUACAAGACUUUGCCCUAUAAUUUUUAAUUGUUUCACUUGUUCGCUCACUAAAAAAUUGUCUAAAUAAUUAAAAUAAAUUUUAUGUGAGAUUUCUAAGAUGGCUAUAAAAUAAUACCAAUAUUAAUGAAUAUUAUAUUUAUUAGAAACCAUAAACAAGUUUCUUAAAAUAUAUUUCUCAAUGCUUUUUACAAACAUUGUUUACAUAAAAAACACGAUAUAAAUAAUUAUAAUCCAGGACAUAAAGGAUUAAAUUGUGCCAUACUCAUCAUAUCUUUUUUCAAUUCGUUGAAAAAAAAAGAAAAAGAAAAAACAAAAAAACUAACUGUUACUUCUUAUCCUUCACACACGAAGCAAUCUUCACGAACGAUUUCGCCUAACUUUUUAACUCGAAUCUAAUUAAAAAAAAACAAGUGCAAACCUUUCAUCAUAUCGCGGACAUAAAUGGAUAAUCUCUAAUAAUGGCUGAUGGGCGAAUAAUCGAAUAGUUUUUCUAUUAACAGUAUGUAAAAUCAACGGAAGGGGAAUACCACCUACUUAUAUUUUCUUACUGUUUUCACGAACGAUUUCGCAACUCUUCCGUGCGUAGAGAGAGGGAGUAGGAGAAUAUAAAACGUGUUAGUCGCCGAGUAGAAGAAGCUAGUAGAGAAAGUCAGAGCCAGAUCACCGGUCGAGGAGGUCGUGAAAAAUUCGUUACGCGAUUAUUAUAACAAAUCGAUAAUCGCAAGCGCGCAUUCCAUUCGAAGCCUCGAAAUCCUUGGUUAUCUGGACCGACCGUUAGAAUCAGAAAAAUUCCUAUAUAAUUUUUAUACCUGGAUAGAAUCGAAUAGAUGAACCGUUUUCUCCGAGUAAAUUGAAAGAUUUCAAUCUAUUCUUCUAGGACAAAAAAAAAAAAAGAACGUCGAAAUGGAUGCAGUCAAAGCUUUAUGGUAAGCUAUAUGGGAGAUACAAUAAGGGAGAUACAAUACAAUCGGUUUUUUUUAAAAUGUCGAUUCGUUUCUUUGCAUAAUAAUUUCGAGAAAAUAUCAAAGAAAAAGAACUGUAUCGAUUUGCAAAAAAAAAAAAACGAUAAAGCUUUCACUGUACUUGUAUAUUUUUUCAAGCGAAUUUUUCAAUGCGCAUGGGUUACACGCAUUUCUCUCUUGUAUGCCAAUGUAACGACGAACGAAGAUUUUUUAUACGAGACUUGAUUUCAUCUUCAUUCGAUGCCGAAGAAAAAAAAAAGAAAGAGCGACGCGCCGAUUUGUAAGAAAAAAAAAAGAAAAAAAAAAAGAAACAAUCCUUACACGUGUAAGAAAAGAAGGAGAGACAACGACGAGGGAUUAAAGCUCGAGCGAGUUUUAAUCGAUGAGAGAUACAGGUAAAUGAGAUCGAUUGGUGGUCUCCUGAAGGCCGGUUAAAUUUUUUAAGUAAAUCUUUUCCUCGUAAGAAAAAGAAUAAAAGUUGGAAUAAACGCUUUGUAAUACCGAUCGUACAUAUCAUACAAUGAAAAUGGACCAUAGAAACGACGAGAAUGCUCAGUAAUCGAAUAGUUAACGUGGAACACCAUCGAUCGAAAUUUAGAUAAGAAAAAAAUUAGGACAAUUUGUGAAAUGUGUAUCUGUCGAAAAUGAUCCAGGCUCGAAAACGAUCGGGUUCGAAUUUCGUAUCGUAUCGUUUAUUAACUUCAGAUAAUUUCAUUUCAUUCUCUUGCUGUUGAAAAAUUUCGUGUAUAAUUAUAAGAUCAUGAUCGAGAAUUAUUGGACAGUUGCAGAUGAAAUGGUCGAAUAAUUUUUAAUAUGAUAUAUUAUAUUUCGUUUCCAUAAAUAAUUUCUCUUAAAAAAAAGAAAAGCUUCCUUUUUAACGAGAACCGUGAUUUUAUCAAUCAAAUUAUCGAAAUGAGACAUUUAACGACUUAUGAGAUUCGCAACAGUCCAAUACACUUUAUCCAUUCGUUGUUUCGUCAUUUUCAUAACAAUUGUUAACAGCAGCAGGAAUAUCAAAAGCAAGAACGAACCUACGCUAUUUGAAAACAAGAAUUUCGAUGGGAUAUUUCGAUACGCUGCUAUUCGUAGAAAUAUAUUCUUUUAGCGAUAAUAUGUUUUUAUCCGUUCGUUUUAGACCAGCUCUCGACGCGGAAACGUACACGAUCAAAUAGAUGCUCCGAAAACAAGAUCGAUCGAUGAAUUUCUACGAAAUUUUUCUUUAUUUAUUUAUUUACUUUUUUCUCUCUCUCGCAAUUUUACAGCCAUCCGAGAAUGGAAAGUGAAAAAAAAAGUUUCGGAGCAUUUCACACAGUUUUUACCGCGAGAAUUCCGUCUCGAGCACGCACAUAAAGAGGAUAAAAGCGAAAUGGAAAUAAAACAAAAACAGGGGAAGUAAAGGUUGCGCCUUUGCGCGUGUACGAGCGGUCCGUGCCUAUAUCUGUGCGCGCGCAUUCAAUUGGUCGCCCUCGACCACGUAUAUUUCUUUGGCUUGUAAAUAAUUAUAUGGACCGAGUGAAAUUAGCGGUUGGGACGAGGGAAGGGAGCGAGACUGAACGAUGGAGGGGAAGAUAAGAGAAAGAAAGAAAGAGAAACUUUAACGGAUAUGUACGAAUAAUUGUAUAAAGACUGAUUAGACUUACUUUGGUAUUUAUUCUAAUUCACAGUUAAACGCUAUCGCUUUGCGCGCUCUUGAAUACUCACGGAGCACGAAACCAAAGGUAUUCAAAUUCCUGGCUCAAAUUCCAUUUUUCUCUUCUUCUUUGACGUCUGUCCGAUUGCAUUUCUCACUCUUUUCUUUCAUUUCUUCUCAUAAUUUUUUUUUUUGCUGUUCCUUAAAUUUUUUAAAUAUUUUGUUAUCCUCGAUUUCGAAACAUAAUUUCCAUCCCGUGAACGGCCUAUGAGAUUUACUUUCGUUGCAUAAUUAUGAAUAUCCAUAGAAUCUGUAUGUAAAAUAGGAAAAGAAGGAUGAAAAGAGUGAAAGACAAGAAAAAUUGACAUUUUCAAUUAUUUAUUAUUCGUAUUUGUUUUCAUAAUUUUGUUUGUCAAUUUGCCAUUUCUGCAUCCAGGAAAGAUUCAUCGAUUUUACCAUUCAUGGAAAUGUGCGAACGGAGCAAAGAGAAAAAGAAAAAUGGUAUGCGCGAUUAUAACAGCGACACUAUUAUUGUCACAUCGUAUCAAUAUUAUUCGAUGCAUCGUAUAAGCAAGUAAACUAGAUGUAAACUUUGUAUAUUCAUUUACCAAGAAAAUAAAGAUAAAUUAUUCGA